GCGUUGACUCCACCGCCUCAGCUGGGCCAGCCCGAGCCCCAUGCAUCGGUCGGCAGCUGUGACAUAAGUAGCUUGAGCACCCACUCAAUCACUAUUACAUCAUCACUCAAGUACUUCAGAGCAAAAAUGGCCCGCACCAAGCAGACUGCCCGCAAGUCCACCGGCGGCAAGGCGCCCCGCAAGCAGUUGGCCACCAAGGCCGCUCGCAAAACCCCCGCCACCGGCGGUGUGAAGAAGCCUCAUCGCUACCGCCCCGGUACCGUGGCGCUGCGCGAGAUCCGCAAGUACCAGAAAUCGACUGAGCUGCUGAUCCGAAAGCUGCCGUUCCAGCGCCUGGUGCGUGAGAUCGCCCAGGACUUCAAGACCGACCUGCGCUUCCAGAGCCAGGCCGUGCUGGCGCUGCAGGAGGCCGCCGAGGCCUACCUGGUGGGCCUGUUCGAGGACACCAACCUGUGCGCCAUCCACGCCAAGCGCGUGACCAUCAUGCCCAAGGACAUCCAGCUGGCCCGCCGCAUCCGUGGCGAGCGCGCGUAAGCGUGCUGCCCAGACCGUCAGGUUUGCGCCUUGCAGGGGUGGUGCUCUACCACUCAACAAAACUCGGUGUUUCUCAACACCACCUCACGCAUACGGUACUUUGUAGCUCUUUUCACAUGUGUCAUGGUCAUCUCCUGGUGGGUCCGGGCGGUAGUUCAGUUUGAUGCAUAUGGACCAGACCGUGCCUGAGCCUCGUACCUGAGCCUCGUGCCUGAGCCUCGCAGGGGUGGGCGGGAAUGUCUGCGAGCUAGGUCGUUGUCAGCCCGCUACCAGCUGUGACCCUUUGUGUUUCACCCGGUUCCAGUCACUUCAGCUCUC